CUCUCCUGUACCACAUCGUACAAGUAUGUCUUCCGAUGCAGAUAUGGGCGAUACAUCAGCCAGAAAAAUCCCUACACUCGUCCAAUACUGUCAAAGGGUGGCUGCAAGUCAUGUCAACGAAAUUGAGAGCUUGGGUGAAGAUGUGCGCUAUGACCUUGUCCGACCUGUAUUAGAACACUGCUCAGCAGAUACUCUUCUCAGACUCGAGAACUCGACGCCAAAUCUCGAUUUAGAAACGGAUGAGCUGUGGAAAUAUCAAUGCAUGCGAGCUUAUCCCGCUUAUGCACAUCGCUAUAGCACUGGAGUGCUUGCAGCACCUCCCUCCUGGAAAGAACAUUUUUCUACUCUUCGUGAACAGGAAGCCAAACGUUUUGAAGAAAUAGGAUCGCGAAUACGUAAUGCGCGCAUGGAGGAACAAGAGCGUAAAAGGGAAAGAGAAAUAAAAUUCACCGAUAAUAUCCCACCUGCAAAGCGAGCUCGUGGCUGGAAUGUUGCACCGCCACGCAAGACACUUUUUCAGCAAACGAAGACAGAGGCUUCAAAGAUCCAGAAAUCUGUGUUUGGACCAGCCAUGAGGCCGCCGAUGAUCGCUGCCAAGUCAUAUUGUUGUAUCUCUCCCAUAACAAUCGCCAAGCCUCCACUAUCAUCGCCACCACCACCUUCUGGUAGUCGGGUUGUCGUCAGGCACGUCGUCCAACGCCGACCAUCUCAUCCCGACACAUCGUCCCUGUCGGCCUCUGGCUCUAGUGUAACUCAGAAGCUUGGAUCCAACGUUGUUACCGGUCAAACUCCAACAGUAUCUCCACCCAUAUUUACAUCGCCCCCCCCUCGUCCACCGAAAUCUAUAAGUACGACCAAGAAAGACGCAAUGUCAGCCCUCUUCAUGCCGAAACAUCGUGCACACUCCCAACUGCCGUCUCGCUUGGCAUCUUCCAAUACGCCUAGGAUUUAACUACGCAUUCUACGCCCUUCUACGGUAUUCUGGUAUCAGUAUCUUGUACUUCACUAUUGGGACACUGCUCUUUAUUGUAAACUGUACUUGUAACAGAUUGACCUCUGUCUAUCUCCGGCUAGCUACACCUCGCAAAUUUCUGAGUGAUUUUCACCGGUGUUCGUCUGAAGUAGUUUGCAUAGUUUACAUUGACUUUGAAUAUUGAGUGUGUUUAUCUUUC